AGCUUGUUUAUUCCAUUCAGUCCAAAUCUACACUGACCAAAUGUCUUCGUCAAUGUCCUCGUCAACACAACCACCCACAACAUCUCCCCCCUCCACAAUCCAAACAUUACCCACCCAAUCCACAUCUCUAAUCCAACAAUCAACCCCAACUCCAACACAAUCCCAAAAACGCACACCAGACGUCCUCGAAGAAGAUACAUACGUCGAAUCCCUCUCAAAAAUAAUCCAAAGAGAUUUCUUUCCACAUUUAAAACGAAUAAAACUCCAGAAUGAGUUGUUGGAUGCCGUUCAGAAUGGGGAAUAUGGGGUUGUUAGGGUAUUAGGCGAUGAAUUAAACCAGGUGGAUCGCGGUGACAUUCAAACGUCCAUAACGGAUACAGCGGAAAAGGAUACGAUACCGGUGAAUACCAACAUGUCAUUGGACGCAUUUCAGUCGCGGUACACAAGCGAAGACAAUGCAUCGUUUAAUAACAUGAUAACCCGCAUCAACGACGAUAAACGCAAAAAAUACAGUUGGAUCUACGAUAAAGAGACACGAGUUCUUCAAUUGGGUACGACACCCGAUAACGAAAAAGAAGCCAAAAGAAUCCAACAGUGGAAAUACGCUGCAAAGAAUUCCCUCAUGUAUUAUCCAUCCGUGGAUGGGUCCACGGCGAUCGAGACUGGACGAGGAGAACCAAAAGCGAUUUCACAUGAUAGUACCCGAUUCCCAUCCAAUACAAAUACAAGUGACACUACAACAAUGGAACGACAGAAAACUCAGGACGUGUGGCGGGAUUUAGCAAAAGCAACACCAGGCCUACUCCCCCAAAACAGUCCAAACGUGAAUGGAUACAGUUUCGUACCCUCGACACCCGUCCUGAACGAUACGAUUGAUCCAUCGGCAUUGUUAACGUGGGGAACAGUAGAAGGCACACCCCUCUUAAUGGAUGGAAAAGGCUUUUCAAUGCCUCCAACACCACGACGAGAAAUUAUUGGAAAGAAAUUGGCGGAAAAAGCAAACAAGGGCAAACGACCGGAUUUUUUUGGACAGCCUAAAACACCUUUGAGGGAACCUACCCGUUCAGAAUUAUUAUCACCAGCAGCAAGACACUUGUUAAGCAAGAGUAAAAAAAGUGGGGAUUCGCAGUUACGUGCUUCAUAUGCGUCACCUAGAGGUUCGUCGCCGUGGAUUGGAAAAACUGGAACACCACGACAACGAGGUCAGACUCCAAAAACACCACUAAAGACUCUUAUGGAUGGGAAACGGUCCAUAACAGAUGGAUUAGUGAAUUUAUAAAAAAAAAAAAUUUUGCAAAAGUGUUGGUUAUGUAAAUGGUUUAUUAAACAUCAUGCCAUGGAUUCUAAAUACUAUCUUGUUGGUUCUACAUGCAAUGCACGCUACAAAAAAAAAAAAUAAAAGUGUGUGUUGUGUGCGGUUUUACAAUUUAGCUUGCGAUUGAA